AGUCCUCUCAUCACCCUGUCUGUAUGAUUCUCUCUCAGAAGAUGCAAACCCCAUUUCUCCAUCUCUCCAAAACCUUCACUCCAUCUCCACUCCCACGUCAAACCAACAACCAAUGCUUCGGACUCCACAACGCUCCUCUCGUCACCACAGUCUCCCGGCGACCGAGAAGAAUCGUCGCGCAACAGAGCUACAAACCAAACGACCGUCCUGGAAACAGAGGGAAAGUGACUCUAAAGGGUAACAAAGAGAACAUAUGGAGCGUCGAUAACGAGAUGGCCAAGAACGAGAAGCGCAAAAGGAAGCCAAAGGGGAGAAGAAGAGGGAAGCGAUUAGGUAAAGGUAGAGUCUUGGUUUCGGGAACCAUGUUGAUUGAGACAGAAACUGUUCUUCAGACACAGGAGCCUGUGAUAAAGCCAGUGUGGAGAACGUUUGCGAGCAGUGUAAGUGGGAUAUGGAAAGGAGUAGGAGCUGUGUUCUCUCCCAUAACAGCGGAGAUGGAACCCCUCGAGAUCGGGAAGAAGAACGAGAGUCUUUACGAUUGCUACACUCUCUCACGGAUCGAGGCCUUGCCAUCUCCUGGAGAGUCUUCAUCUGAGAUACAGAGAAAGAUCAAUUGGGUUACUUUGAAUCCCCACGGAGAGUUUUUCCAAAACGGUGACGUAUUGGCUGAUGAGACUGGCUUGUUGCCAAAGUUCGAGUCUUUUAACUUGAAAGCUAGUGAUGUCAUGGAAGAGGACUCCAUGGGAGAUGAGCCUGGACUUGUUUACUUCGAGGAUGGAUCCUAUUCUAGAGGUCCAGUUGCAAUCCCUGUUGGGGAGAUGAGUGAGUCUAACUAUUACCUCACACCAACUUUCAAGUUUGAACAGUGUUUGGUGAAGGGUUGUCAUAAGAGACUGAGAGUAGUACACACCAUAGAGUUCGCCAAUGGUGGUGCGGAUAUACAGAUCAUGAGAGUUGGUGUUUAUGAAGAACAGUGGGUUAGUCCUUCAAAUUAUGAAGACCAAAGUAACAACGACGCACCAUUAGAGUUAAAACCCUUCUCACUGAGGAAACGCACGCAGCCCUCUGAGCUAACAGGAUCAUGGAAAGUGUUUGAAGUGAGUGCAACUCCAAUCUACGGAGAAGAAGACCUAGAUCAAAGCGGUGAGACCACUCCGUAUGUGUACCUAUGCACAGAGGCUUUGAAGAGAAGGAACUUACCGGAAAGUUCGGGUUCGUUUGGAGAUGAGGAGAUGGUAGAUAUGCAAGAUGUGUCUGUGAUGUGGCUACCAGGUGGUGUGACUGCUUACGUGGACGUGAAGGAAGAUGGAGUGUUAUGCGUUGGAAUAGGAUGGUAUUCUGAUGAAGGGAUCAACCUUGUUAUGGAGAGAGAUUAUGGUUUAGAUGGGAAUCUUAAAGAAGUUAGAUCCAAUACUGAAGUGAAGAGAAGAUGGACUGAAGAACCUAAGUGAAACUCUCUUUAUGUUAUGUGUGGUUUCCUUUGUUUCAGACUGAUGUUUAAUCUUUAGUACAUGUAAGUAACACUAGCUGAUGUUUGGUAAAGCUAUAAUAAAAUGUCUUUUCUGAUCUAACU